GGCACAAGUUACCACACAUGUGAGUCGCUGAAGGGAGAGACGGAACAAGUUGUCCCAGUUGUCCCUUAGAGUCAUUUUUUUUUAAAUAACACUGAAAUGGACAGUUUCGGAUCAGAUUAUUCCCCGAGCGCAGGGUCCGGUAAAAUGGACACCGGGACGAUUAUGGAACAGGUUAAGGUGCAGAUAGCGGUGGCCAACGCGCAGGAGCUGCUGCAGAGAAUGACUGAUAAAUGUUUUAAGAAGUGUAUCGGAAAGCCCGGUGGAUCACUGGAUAACUCUGAACAGAAGUGCAUUGCCAUGUGUAUGGACCGCUACAUGGACGCGUGGAAUACCGUCUCCCGUGCCUAUAAUUCAAGGUUGCAGAGAGAGAGGGCGCGAAUGUGAAAUUUGUUCCCCAGCAAAGCGACUUAAUUUCAGCGUCACCAGAUCUUGUCUAGAGGACCGGCAGGCGUCCUGGACCGGUGUGGAACGUAGUCACGAUGGAAUCUAGAAAGUCAGAUCCUGACACAUAUAAUUUCGGACAUUUUUCUAAGCAUGUAAAUGACGAUAAAUUGUUUUUUCUUUUUUUAUUUCAAGGAUGAUAACCAUAAAUUAUAAUCACUGUGUGUAACUCCAGUGGCUGAAAAGCAGAAUCAGAAGUGUAACCUGAUGAUAAUGGGUCUAGACAUCUCUCUGUGUCAUGUGUAUUGGUUCAGCUCACAGUGGCUGUGUUUAACAGAGUUUUUGACUCUUGAAUCCACCUCUUGUGUGUGAGAUGUCUGUUUGUAUUGUCUGGGAUCGGCCCUUUCCAGCAGCCUUUACAAAUACAGAGUGCCGUUGGGGGGGGUGUGUGUGUGUGUGUGUGUGUGUGUGUGUGUGUGUUUGUGUGUGUGUGUGUGUGUAGGGGGGAUGAGUCUGUCUUUCCCUGGGGACAUCCAAACUGCUCAUCUUACCCCUCUCUGCUCCACUAACCCAGUUCCUUUCUCAGAGGAGGAGAAACUCAGGAGUGGCUUGAUGUGUCCAUAAUUGUAACCUCUGCGAUGGCACCAGUUUAAAUCAGUCCUUUUCAGGGAGCGGCAUGUAAUUGUGAAGAGUAGAGUGUCGUCUGUCACUGUAUCUGCUGGAACCACAGUAGUGAGUCUGUUUAAACACAGAAAUGAAAGCAGUGGUCUUUGUCUUCUGGGCAUGUCAGACUUCUGGGAACCUCUUUUCUUUGGCCGGCCCUCUGACCCGGCCGGGAGAGGAGGGAGAGAGAGGCUCUGUGUGCUUUGGCCGGGCCGUUGAGAAGGAGUCGGUUCUGACUGUGUGAAACACGGCUCUAUGUAAAACACUUUAUACCAGUAUGAACAUUAAACAGGUCAUUGAAAGUCA